AUGUCAUACUAAAACAUAAAAAUCGAGGAUCUUCCUCUCUUACACAACAAUAAUAAGACAGAGUUUCAGAUUAGCAUUAACAGAUCUAAGAUCUAGCCACUGAAACAGUAAGGUAAAAGUACUGUGCUCUCAAAGGCAGAUUAAGUCUUUGAGGAAAUUGCAAAUUUAGAGGGAGCUCACUAUGGGAGCAUUUUUGGCCAGAGAAGCUUCGCAAGUCUACAAAGAAUCAACGAUUCAAAUCAUCAAGCUAAUUCUAAGUGGCAGCAAACUAUAUAUGAAGAUGAGUAAAAUAACUCUCUCAUUCAGGACUUCUGGAUAGUUCUCAAGCUAGCUGUGCCACCAGUCAUCUCAAUGUUCUUCUAGUUCUUUGUCUAGUUGAUAAAUACUUACUACAUAGGACAUCUUAAUGAUCAAGUGAUAAUGGCCGGAAUAGGAAUGGGAAAUAUGCUUAUUAACAUUCUCUGCUUCGCUGUUACCCAAGGCCUCAAUAGUGCUCUUGAGACUUUCAUUUCAUAGUCAUUCGGUGCUACUAACUACUCUUAUUGUGGGGUGCUUUUGAAUAGAGGAAGACUUAUAGUCUCAGUUUUCCUAAUACCAAUUAUUUUAAUUUUUGUGGUUAGUGAUAAAUUACUAAUUUACAUUGGACAAGAUGCCUAAAUCGCUGAAAUUUCCAAAUAAUUUUCUCUAAUGAUGAUGCCUGGAAUCUGGGCAAUGACUUAAUUCGAUGUCAUUAGAAAGUAUAUGAUAGCUUAGAGGUAGAAUACCAUUCCAGUUUAUAUUUAGUUCUUCACAAUGAUCUUGCAUUUUGGAUGGUGCCAUCUAUUUAUUUCUGUCUAUGAAUGGAGUGUUUUUGGGGCUGCUUUGGCAACUAAUAUAACCUAUCUCCUUAAUUUAAUAAUCAUCGACCAUGUAUUGGCAAAGAGCUAGAAAUUCUAGUUCACUAGAGCCCCUCUUGACAGAUCAAUCUUCUAAGAAUGGUCUGAGUAUUUGAGAAUCGGUAUUCCAGGCGCGUUUAUGUUGUGCUUUGAAUGGUGGGCUUUUGAAUUCCUAGCCAUCUUCUCAGGGUACAUCAGUGUUGCUUCUCUUGCAGCAGAGAUAGUCAUCAUUAACAUAGUGAGCUUUAUAUUCAUGAUGCCUCUAGGAAUAUCAUAUGCUGCCUCUUCAUUAACAGGCUACUAUGUAGGUUAAGGUAAUAUAAAAAGAGCAAAGAGAUUUGCUUUUGUAAUAAUGCUUUUGAAUAUUAUACUUACCAUUUUUGUUUUGGCUUUGAUUGUUAUUUUUAAUGAAUAAAUCUCCAGACUAUUUACACAUGAGGAGGAAAUAGUAGAGAUAGUCAAUAAAGUUCUUUGGAUUAUAGUCAUUUAUAUCUUCUUUGAUACUAUUCAUGGAGUUCAAUCAGGUAUCAUCAAAGGCAUCGGGAAAUAGACAUAUAGCUCUAUAUUUCUACUGAUUUGCUAUUACUGUUUUGGUAUGCCUUUGGCAUUAGUGUUUGCCUUCAAACUAUAAAUGGAGGUUAGUGGACUCUGGCUAGGGUUUACUAUUGCCUCUAUGAUUCUAGAUGUUGGCUUCUACUUUAUCAUUAACUGCACUUAGUGGGAACUAGCAGGAAAAGAUAUGAGGAAAAGAUCAAUGACAAGCGAGAUUUAGAGAAUCGAGAUGGCUAAAAGUAUUCAGGCUUCAAAGCAUGGAAAUGAUGAAUUAUCAUAACCUAAGAUUUUUAGUAAAUAAUUGAACUCAAUCGACGGAUAGAGAAUGUCAUAAAAAUCAAAAUACAAGCUUUGA